AUGACCGGCUCUUCAUCACCCCUCGGUAGCCCCCCUCAAGCGCCGCCCGUUUUCACCGCGACGCCAACCUCAAUCAUUGCCGACAUCAGUCGUCUCAUCGAGGCAUCCCGGGUCGCCCAAAAAGCCAUUGCAGACUCCGUCACCCCUUCCACCGCAACCUACGACAACGUCCUUCUCGCGCUUUCACACGCAGAGAAUGCAUUGGCCUCUGAAUCCAGCCUUCUCGUGUUUUACAAGGCCGUGUCUCCGUCCCCUGACGUCCGUGCCGCCUCUGCCAAAGCCCGCAACAUGUUGCGCGAUUUUGCCAUCGAAUGCUCCAUGAACGAACGCAUAUUCUGUCUUGUGGAUGCCGUGUACAACAACAGCGACGUUUCUCAGAGUCUAGACGCUGAAAAGGGGAACUACCUGGUCAAGAAACACAAAGAGUUUGCCAGGAACGGUCUUCGUAUCCCGGCCGGGCCCCAGCGAGACCGCUUCGAAGAGGUGAAAGGCAGAGUCGAGGACUUGACGUCAGAAUUUUGCAAGAACGUGGCCGAGGCCGAUCAUGCCGUGUGGUUCACACUUGACGAACUCGAUGGGUAUCCGCAACACCUGCUCGCCCAUCUCGAAAAGGGGCAACAAGGCAGCGAGAACGAGGGCAAACGCCGCAUCAGACUGCCCAGCCAGCUCGGGCCCCUCUUGGCAACCGCACGCAACCCCGAGACACGGAAGAGAGCCCGGGUGGCCUUUGAAAACCGCUGCCCCGAGAACGUCGCCGUCUUCCGCCAAGUCGUGGCCCUUCGCCACGAAGCGGCGCGGCUCCUGGGGUACGCCAACCACGCCGCCCUCAGCGUCGAGGACAGGAUGGCCGGGUCGCCCCAGCGCGUCGACGCUUUCCUCUCGUCUCUGAGGUCGAAGCUGACAGAGGCCGCCAGGGCGGAGUGUGAAGCUCUUCUCGAGGUCAAGCGGCGCGACGCCGAAGCCCGAGGUGAGGCUUUUGAUGGGCGCUUCUACCUCUGGGAUGUGCAGUACUACAUGCGUCUCCUCUCGCACGAGAGGUACUCCGUUGAUCAAGAACAGAUCGCAGAGUACUUCCCUCUGCAGCCGACAGUCGAAGGAAUGUUGCGCAUCUUCGAACACCUCUUUGGGAUGGUGUUCCACGAGAUCCGGGGUGAGGAGAGAGAUACUCUAUCGCCCACGAGCAAAGGAGACGACUUGGUCUGGCAUAAAGACGUCCAGGUCUUUGCCGUAUGGGACGUUGAGGGCGAAGGCGGUGGGUUUCUGGGGUAUCUUUAUCUCGAUCUUUACCAUCGAGAUGCGAAAAAAGGCAAUCCCUCAAACUGCAGCCUCAUCCCGGGCUUCACCAAUCGAGAUGGAACUCGCACGCACCCUUCCACAGCUUUGAUCAGCAGCUUUGCCCCUCCUGCGUCCGCCAACCUACCAUCGCUGCUGCGCCACUCCGACGUCCUGAUGCUCUUCCACGAGCUGGGUCACGGCAUACACGACCUCGUCUCCCGCACGCAGCUCGCGCGGUUUCACGGGCCGAUGGGCACCGCCGUCGACUUUGGCGAGGCGCCGAGCCAGAUGCUGGAGAACUGGUGCUGGGCGCCGGAGCAGUUGAGCGGACUGAGCCGGCAUUAUUCUUAUCUCUCGGAGGCGAUUCCUAGGGAUGUGGCCGAGGGUCUCCUUAAAAGCAAGCAUGUCGGCGGGGCGCUGAGUGCAUUGGUACAGCUAUCCAUAGGCGUUUUCGACAUGUCCGUCCAUCAGCCGUCCAGCCAGGAUGCGGUUGAAUCCACGGACUUUACAAAGUUCUGGAACGAGCUCCAGAGGGAGAUGGUCCCAACAGAUGACCCGUCCGCGCUGGGUGAGGUCUACGCGCAGGACAUCUUCAGCGCGGUUUUCAAGAAGAAUCCCACGAGCGAGGAGGCUGGCCGAAGGUACCGGUACGGCGUGCUCGAGAAGGGAGGGAGCCUGCCCGAGAUGAAGACGCUUGCGGACUUUCUGGGGCGAGACGUCCUCAUGGAGCCGUUCUACGAGGACUUGGGCUUGGCUGCUUGGCAACAAAAAACGCCAACCUACACACGUCGCGCACCCCUAUGGUAUCCAGCACGCAGAGAAAGUGACUAG